AUGAUUUUAAAGUCCAUAACAUUCUUGGCUUUUGUCACCCCAGUCGUUCUUGGGAUAUCAGGAUGCUCUCCUCCAUCGACUGAAAGUGGCCUUGCUGUUGAUUACUUUGACGACGUUGAGCAUUACAACUUUUCCUCUGAUUAUUUGAGCACAAUAGAUGCCAUGACUCCUGACUAUACAAAAUAUGGAGUCUCAAAUAUUGAUUUUGAUUUCACAGGAAUACUGGAAGGCGACUAUGGGGAUGUAUAUGGCCGCCAAACACCGGUCGAUUAUUUUGCUUUGAGGCUCUCUGGGUAUUUUCUUGCCCCUGAAACUGGCACUUACACUUUCCAAAUUACCCUUGCUGAUAAUCAAGCAUCCUUUGCCUUUGGUGGAGUUACAGAGACCCUUAAUUGUUGUUCAAGCCCCAGCAAUCUCCAGGUAAAUGGGUCCGUUUAUGCUCUGUUAAGUUCAACUACUGGUGAACUUGAAACUACCGCUACAACUGUUUAUCUAGUUGCUGGUGACUAUUACCCAGUGAAGCUUAUUUACUACCAAGCAGGACCUACUGCAGGUACUUUUGAACUAACCGCUACAUAUCCUGACGGUAACAGUCAUACAACCGACCUACCUUGGUAUUCCAUCAAUGACACGGAACUGGAAUUAUGUACAACCACCACCACCACUAAUAUUUGGACUGGAACAGAUACUGAGACAUUCACAGAAACUGCCUCUGAUGGUAAUGUAUUUGUUACUAUUGUAGUACCAGAAUCCACAACGACCAUUACUGAACCAUGGACAGGCACAGAUACUACCACUACUACCAUCUAUCCAUCCAACCUAAAUGAUACC